CACUACACGUGUGUGCAAAAAUGAGCAGAAAUGAGCUGCUUCACUAGUAAUUUCACACUGUAGACAUUUGCUGCUGCUGAUUGAUAGCCAAACAUGACAAAGAAAGACAAUCUUGUUGACGCAGCUCAACAGAUUCGAAUGGCGCUGGACAGGGAAAUCAAAGAGGAUUAUGAAGCUGCGUUCAGCUAUUAUAAGAACGGAGUGGAUCUGCCGCUAAACGGAGUUCAAGGUAUAAGUUUACCCAAGUCCAUCUGGGAGAGUCGUGAGAGGUCAACCAUCAUUGCUCAGGGUGUUCCAUUCAUGGUGAAGUUGUUGAAGUACUACGUUAGUGAAGACUCUGUAAUCCUACAUUUAGAGCAUGUUCAGGCUCCUACCAUGAACAGUUCCAUUUUGAUUGAGACUAAACUAGAAAGCCCUCAGACGGAACAGCUACUUAAGGCGGACGGCUCAGGCCAUCAACCCCAAAUAAAGGCCAGGAGCUUCAAUGCCAAAUCUAAGCGGGAAGGAUGGAUACUUCCUGAGGAGGAGGUAUGACUUUGGGGGGCUCAGAUCCUGCUGGCCCAGGACAGUCUUCAUGAGCAGGGCAUUGUAUGCCAGGACCUCAACCCUAGAAACAUUCUGCUACGUAGCAGUGAAAUUGGAGGUGUGUCAAAAGUCACAGAGGCGUGUGAUUGGUGGAGUCUUGGAGCUUUAUUUUAUGAGCUGCUUACUGUCAUGCCUCUAUGGCAGUGCCACCCUUCUGGUGUUCACCCGCACACACCGCUACAUAUCCCAGAAUUCCUGAGCAUGGCAGCCGCAUCUCUUCUCACAGAGCUUCUCCAGUAUGACGCGUGUUAUCGUCUGGGAUCUGGAGGAGGGGGUGUGAGUGACAUCAAGUGCCAUCUGUUCUUUAACAGCGUCCCGUGGCUCACUCUCAACAGUUAACUAACGCUGUAGAGCACAGUGACUUUAUAGAGAAUUCACCCUGUCCAUUCUUUCUGCAUAUCACACCUCCAAAUAAUGCAAAGUGAGCACAGCAGAAAUAAUGAAUGGAUGUGAAUCCUUUCUAAAGCUGUAAUGACAUCAUAACAUUGAAGGGUCUAUAGAACCAUGAGGUCUCAGGAGGUUUGAUGCAUUCAUCAUCAGCACCUGCAGUGAAAUCCAGCUUAAGAUGGUAACUGUGUAGCUGGUACAAGCUGGUCCAAGUUGGUCAUGAGCUGGUCCGAGCUGGACCAACUACCAUGUUCCAAAAACCAGCUUGACCACCUUGAGCUGGUAUGACAAGCUGUUAGCUGGUCUCCCAGCUUGGACCAGUUAAUGACCACCUUGAACCAGCUAGUAACCAGCUACCAUGUUCCAAAACACAGAAACCAUUUUAAGAUGGAUUUUCCAGCAGGGCAGGUAAAAUGCAAUAUAACUGA